GGUAAAAUAAAUAAAUAAAUAAACAAGUUAAAGUCAAGGUGGAUGAAGUGCAUGAAUGGCGAAUGCGCCGGCCCUCUAGUAGAAUUGCAUUCAUGAACAGACAGACAACCUCUCUUGAACGGGUAAUAUAAGGUGUCGAGUCCAGUGCACACGCUGCCAUUGUCGCGGAUAAAUAGGUUUAUGCCAUUGCGGACAAAAGGUUCCGUGAUAGCGUGAUGAUGAACAGCGAUGGUAGUGACGUACGCCUCCAACGGCGGAAUCUCGUGCAGAUGGUGAGGCUAGCGAGCAAGCGUUUGAUAGAAAGCGGUAUAAGCUCACGCCACCAACUCACAGAGGUAGAUGUCCCGGUGCAGCAAUUUUGUAUAAUCAUAGAGCACAUCCUGAGACAUGGCUUAAAAGCUCGUAGAGGGUUCUUUGGUCCUAAAACAGGUUCCUUUUGGCCCUUCCUGUGCGAAAUAAUGGCGCAGAGCGACGAUGCGAUGCAGUCGAUAGAAACCCUGAAAUGCUUACCACAGUUAAAAACAGAUAUAGCCAGGUGUAGGGCCUGGAUUCGUCUGUCCCUAAUGGAGAAAAGAUUGUCAGAAAGGUUCGACAUCAUGCUCGAUCCAAAGAAUAUACUUGUACGGCAAUACUACUACGAGCCUUUGGCGGUGAUGUGUAACGAAGACGGACAGCUGGUUGCUGGGCUUUUGAUAGGCGUUACAGCAAUAGAUGCUAACUUGGACCUGAAAGAUGGGGACAUGGAGGGUGUUGGUUUAAUAGACUUCAGUUUGUAUAUGACUGAUGGGAAUAUGUAUAUGGGUAACGAUAGUAAGACUGGGAAUACAGCAUCAGAAGAAGGAUCCACAAAGCAAGACAGGUUUGUGGAGCUAAUGAACCAAAAGAACUUCAGCGAUGGAGCGGCCUCAAAGUUCAGAUUACAAUUAGAAGAUGCCAGACAAUCAAUGAAGGCAUAUGAAACGAAGGUGCGGAAGCUUGAGGCAAAUUUUAACAAAGCUACCAACGAUAGAGAUAUGAUGGUAAAAGGGUUGGUGGAGGCGCAGGAGAGGAGUGGGACCGAAAUACAACAACUGAAGACAGAAAAAAAAAGAUGUCCAGAGUAGGCUAACAGCGCAAGUUCAGGUUUUACAGGCGGCUUUAGACAACAUGAAAAAACAGUUCGCUACAGAAAUGACGCUGAGGCAGGACGUAGAGCGUGAACUCGCCGCUAUCAAUGGUCUUCUCAUUGAUUCUCGCAAGAAGGAGGCUGCUGCUGUGGAGUCACUGGCCUCGCAGGAACCACCUGCACUCACCGAAGAUCUCAACUACUUUUGACAGGACCAUGCAGAAGAUACUGUACUUUUUCCUUGGAAAGGACAUAUAUGGUCCUGAGAAUUAAAUAAUGGUUAGCGUCUGUUACCAUUUCCAAGUAUCAGGCCUAACUUUGGAUAAUGCUAUACACACUUCAGCUCUUACAUUACGACAUGUGUCGAAAGUGCGGUACUCGGGUUGUGAGAGCGCACUCUAAGUGAGAGCGAUCGAAGUGAUCGAGAUUCGUGGAAGGACAACCCUCAUGCACAGGGGCUGUUUGAAAAAUACGAACACACACAUCUAACUAACGGCUGAGAAACUUUUUUUUCCACCACACGCCGUGUUAGGGAUCGGUUAAGAAGGAGUACUGCAACCAUCGCGCCUUUCUUUGACUCGCUGGCUGUACACAAAUUAAAUUAACAUGAUUGCGACGUGCCGGAACACUGACGGCGGUAUACAGUGAACCAUAAAAGCAGCUAAAGAUAAUUACCAUGAGCUACUACACUACUAGCACGAUGUAUUGACGAUUGAUACAAAGCAACAACCUCAUAAAGACGUGUAACUGCAAUAUAUAUAAAUAUAUCGA